AUGUAUAAUGAUAAUUUAUUGAUUACUAAUGAUUGGAGAUCAAUUACUUAUAAUGUCUCAACAAGCAUGUUCCAGAUUGUGAGCGGUUACAUUUGUAUCGAUCUGAUGUCGAUGCUCAAUCUGCAUUUCAUGGGACAAUACACUGACAAAUAUUAAACAGCCUCCUAUGGGAUAGCAUGGAUGUUAAUUCAAUUGUUGUUCGUCCCCUUAGGCUUAGGUUUAGUUUCACAUGCUAUAUAGGUAUCAACCAAGGACUCAAUAAUCAGGUCUCACAUGCCUUGGGAUAAAAUAAGCACAAGCUCACAUAGAUUUACUUAAACUUCACGAUUUAUUCCAUAUUAUUUGUAUCCAUACCUUUUUUUCUAUUCAUUUACAAUACUCAAUACCUGGUUUAAUUCGUUGUACAAGAAGACACUGAGAUCAUUACAUAAUAUGCAUGGUAUAUCAAAUAAAAUAAACAAGCUACGAAGGCAAAUGAUCAUUCCUUUGUUCAUAGCCGCAUUCCUGCUCCUCCAAAUUGAAUGUUUAAAAUAAUAUCUUGUUGGAUGCAGGAUUUUUCAGCCUUUUCCAUUCAUUUAUGCAUCCACACUUAUAUUCCACCUACUUGCCUGUGUAUUCCUAUUCCUCAUCUGCGACCUAGGGUAUAUUGGUUUAUGUUUGUCCAUCAUUCUAAGUGAAUUGUUUACAUUAUUUAUGCUGAUAAGAUAUAUCUACAAACAUCAAGAAGUUUAUGAUUUGCUUGCCAACUUCCAAUUCUCAUGCUAAAUAUUUUAGUAUAAGGAAACUUACAUUAUGUUUGUUAAAGAGUCUAUCCCAUUGAUCCUCCACAUUUACGCUGACUUCAUAGUGUUUUAUAUACUAUCAUUCGUGGCCUACUCUCUGGGAGUGAAUUAAGCUAAUGCCCAACUUGCAUUUGCAAAUACAAGUUCAAUCUAUUUCAAAUUCCCAAUUAGCUUAUCAGUAACAUUAAUGUCAUAUGUUGGAAACAGUUUAAGUCAACAUAACAUCGCUUUGGCUAAAUAAUAUAUCAUAAGUGGCAUGGGUGUCUAAGGAGUAGUGCUCAUAUCAUUGGUCAUUGGACUCACCAUUUUCCAGGAUCAGUGGAGUCGCAUAUAUUCCUCUGAUCCCCAGAUAUAAUAAAUUAUGUUAGAAACUCUCCCAUAUUUUCUUAUGGGAAGUGUGUGUUUUGAUGGAAUUCAAGGAGCAUUGUCUGGAGCUCUAAAGGGUGUUAACAAAUCCACAAUUGUAUCCAAUCAGACCAUGAUAUCAUACUACAUCAUUGGAAUUCCAGUUGUGCUAAUUUUAGCCUAUGUAUUCCAUUUAGAAUUAAUUGGCAUUUGGUUAGGUUUUGGAUUGUGCAACUUGUAUUUGACAAUCAUAUAUAUUUAUGUUCUAAAAGAUUUGAAUUGGAAUGAAUAAGCUGAUAUGAUAACAUAAAAGCUAUUGAAGCAUGAGGGUUGUCUAGGGGAUAUAGACUUGCCCUUAAUUUAAUAAUAAUAAAAAGAAUAAUAAUGA